AUGAACGACUCACUAGAAGACCACAGCGAGGAGGAAAUAUUUAGCAGCCAGAUAAAGAGAAAGAUAAUAGAAGAAACAAAUAAGUGUUUAACUAAGAGACGGAAAAGUGGCGUGAGUGUUAAGAAGGAAGUGAAGGUGGGGAGUGGUAAAAAUGCGAAAAAUAACAGCAAGUUUUGCAAGAAAUGUGACAAAAAGCUGCGAUUAAUGUGCGAAUUUACAUGCAGAUGUGGAGGUGUGUUUUGUGCGAUGCAUAGAUUUCAUGAUCAGCAUGGCUGUUCGUUUGAUUACCGGAAAGAGGCUAUGGCUAAGCUUGAGAAGAUGAAUCCGAAGAUAGUUAAUGAUAAGAUUACCAGGCUAUGAAUUAUGGUUGUUACUUACAAACAUUUGCUCUGGUGUAUUUUCUAAUUUAUAUGUUACGAUUAAAAAAGUAAUUUGA